GCAGGUGUGAGCGAGGAGCGAGGAGGGGAAGCGAGGCGGCGGCGGACGCGACAAAGGACUCGCUCACUUCCGGACUUUUCUCGAUUUUCUAUCGGCGCUCAAUCGCUCUUUGGGGAAGACGGGAGCUUUGACGAAGGCCCGGCCACUUGGAGAGGCGUUUGGGUUCGAGGAGACGAGCAGCGUGAGCCGUAGCCGCCGUGUGCGGAUGUGCGAGGAGCGGGGUUUGUGUUUGGGCCGCGUCAGUCCAUCUGUCAGUCACCUGUGCAGAUGGUGACGCCGCACGAGGGGACGCCACGCCACCUCCUCUCCGGGAACUGAAAGGGCCUCCACACUCAACAACUGCUGCUGCUCACUCGCACAGCCAUACAAGAUCCAUCAUGGAGGAUGAAUGUUUGUCUCUCACAUGGAAUAACCAUGGAGCAACUUACAGACAGACUCUCAGUGUACUUAGAGAAGAGAAUACCCUGACCGAUGUGACUUUAGCUUGUGAUGGCCAGAAGUUUGCUGCACACAAGCUGGUGUUAGUGACAUGCAGUGACUAUUUCCGGACAAUCUUGGGAGAUGUUCCCUGCCAGCAUCCUAUAGUAUACAUGCGUGGAGUUGCUGCAAAGGAGAUGCAGGCUCUGAUUGAUUUCAUGUACACAGGUCAGACUGAUAUUCCCCAGAAAGAAGUGCCAACUUUACUGUCAACAGCAGAGGCCCUUCAGAUAAAGGGGCUGGGUGUUUUCACUUCAGGGGAGGAGCAUAAUUCAGAAAAAAAUACUCCUUCCAGAAGAGAAAAAAAUUAUGGGAAUAAAAAGAAGCGUUCAGAACCCCUUGUGUUAUUAAAUGGUUCCAGUGGUGAAAGUGCAAACACAGCAAAUUCCAAAAGUUCUUUGGCCAAAAGUGAUCAAUUCCUAGAAAAUCUUUAUAGUCAUCACUAUGCUUUUAUGUCAUCUCCAAAGAGAAGAAAAACAGAUGACAGAACAGUACUUAAAUCACCUGAGCACAUACCUAAUUUAGGCAGUGAAAAACAACCAUUGCAAGAAAUUCCGUCAAGUUGUUCAAAAGAGAACCUCCAGAGCAGUGCAACACCACUUAACACUGGGCUGUUAAGUGACCUCUUCCAGCCAAGGGACCAGAGGGACCAAAGUUCAUCGCACCCUCCCUCCUCAUCAUGUCCGGCCACCUACACCUCAGUUGUGACUGACUCUUCACAUGAACACUCCUUAAAGGAGUCCCACAAUGCCUUCAACAGUGGCUCAGAGGCCGCCAAACCCAGGGGGCAGGGCCUCCGUCCAAGCCGCAGUCCUUCUGGGCAGCAACCAGUUCAGGACCCACGGCCAGAAGCAAAGACAACAUCUCCGAGGGCACUCAACUACUCCUUGUCUAGCCUCGGGGGAAGCAAAGAGGACUUUGCCUCCAGUUCACCUGGCCACAUCCUUGAUGAACCCAAUGGGGCUCAUGCUGACACACCUGAGAAAUUGAUGAAAGCAGAAAUAAAGGAGGAAGCACUGGACUUUAGCAACACAGCGCUUUCAGAGAACUUGCCGAAUGAUAGUCUGACUGCAGCCUUGGCCAGCAACAGCAUAGAGGAGGAGACUCGCAUGUAUCUGGAUGCAUUUGCGCGUAGUGCCAACCUGGCAAGACCACUCCCCCUUGAAGAGACACAGGAGUCUGCCUCUCUUGAUGGCCGUCCUUAUGUGUGCCCCAUCUGUCAGAAGUGCUUUGCCAAAGCUGCCAUUCUGAAGCGCCACCACCUUGCCCACUUCCGGCCAUAUGUCUGUCACCUGUGCACACGAUCUUUCACCAGAAGAGAAGUUCUAGCAGAGCAUUUAUUAGAGCACAAUGGUGCUGAUCUGCGAAUGCCAUGUCCAGUGUGUAACAUGACUAUAAAGCGCAAGAGAAACCUCCAAGCCCACAUCAAAGUCAAGCAUCCUGAUUACUACAAACAGAAAAUUGCUAGCCGGGAGUCCUUGUGCUAGUUACAGACGUCUUUCUGGAUAUAAAUAGAUAAAUCUGUUAUUAGUAAUUAUUUUUAAUACAGAAAAAUUACAAUAAUUUUAAAUUUAAAAGGAAAACUAUAAAAAAAUCAAAUUAAGAAAAUGUAGCAGGUGAAUGCUCGUGGGGUUUGGUAUGAUGUCUAGUCACCAGGUGAUUAGAACCAGUUGAUGCUUCCUAUGUAAAGACAGCUCCCUGUGUUCAUCUCUUCAUGCAGUUAAAUAUUAUGUGCACUCUUGAUUUUGGUUCAUCUCUUUUCAUUUUUCUUCUCGCACCUUUCAAAAUCUUAAAUUUCAUAUUAAGGUUGCCGUUUGUCCACUUACCACGUGUAUUUUGAUGUUGGUCAUGUUUUUAGUGUCUUCUAAUAAACCUUUGAUGUUUUUGUUUUUGCUUUUGGCCAACUUUGCACUUUUUUGAUUUACAUGACAUCCUCUCUAUUUUAUCAUAAUUCUAGUGAUUUUAGCCUUAAAUGAUUAUUAUUUUUUUGUUUUGUUUUCCUCUCUGUCACUUAAGUACAAAUGGCCUACCUGUGAAUUAUAAGUAAAUCAUGGGAGAAUGGUAUUCCCACCAGACAUUUACACCCCCUUGUAUUAUCAAAAGGAUUUAAUUGUCACAUUGUUGAAUGGAUCAUAACUGCUUAUAUUAAAUAAGUUAUUUAAUUUAUGCAUUUAAACAUAUUUAAAAUAUAAUAAGUCAUGUUAAACUUAUUGUAGACAAUACAGUGUAUAAGGAAAAAAGAAUAAAUCAGAGAUCUUAAGCUGUUGCAUUUAUAUAUUAAUAUGUAGCAGUGCAAGAAGUAAAACAAGUUUUUGAUGAUUCAUAAAAGUCUGUUUAUUUUUUGUGUGGAAUGUUGAUAUUUCCUAUAUCAAGUAACUUGUUUUUUUUUUUUCAUCAGAAUCAUCACAGGCCAGAUUUGUUGCGUAAAAAGUUCUAAUGCAAAAAUAGAGUGGCUUUGCCAGUUUUCCUCCAAAAUGGUAAUCAUUCCUUUCACCUUCUUGUGACAUAGGGAGUAUGAACAAGUUGUUGAUUCUCAGAUGAAGAAAGUUCAAAUUGCCAGAAUAAUUACAAGAUGGUUUCAUAUUUUUACCCCCUUUAAUACGUCCAUUUUUGUGACCACCUUUUUUUGAUGGUGGAAGAAGCUGACAUUCCUUAUAUGUAUAAAAUGGAGACUGCAAAGUGAUUUGUUGGUAUUAAUCAGGUAAUUGUCACUACCUGUUUAACCUGUCUUUUGAUCUCAUGCUCCAAUCAUCAGGCUUCCACUGAAAUGCAUUUAUAGCUUUUAAGCUUUUUUUUUUUCUUCCCCCAUCACCUUCAUUUUUCAGUCGUAUAUAAACUAAGUGUAUCACCAAGUGGUAUCAUAAGGGGGUGUAUUGCUCAAGAGGCAUAAAGUACACAUAUUUUAAUAUGUUAUUUAUUUAAGGUGACUUGGUCUUUGUUAGAUUUAAAAUUCCACAGUGUGCAUUAUAAUGGAAUAGCACAAUGUGUUCACUUAAUGAAUAGUUUACAGUCUUCCUAUCACACACACACACUGUAACAGUGAUUACAAAUUUUUACAGUUUUGUGACCCACAUGUUUGUUUACACCAGUUUGAAUCAAGUGCAGAUGCCUGACCAUGUGUUGAUACACAAAUUCCUUCAAGAGCAAUCAAAUGGCUCUCUCCAAUGACAGGAUAAUUGUAGUUAUUUUUCCAAUAAAAACAUCUUGUAGAA